CCUAAAAACAAAUAAAAUCAAUUGGAAAGGGAAAGAAUAGAAGAAACGCAGACAGAGGGCCUUGUUUUUCCUUCCACAUGGAUCUUGCGUAUAAACAUGGUGACGUGGGUCCCACUUCCCACCUCAAUUUUCUCCCAAAUGUUCAAAUUAUCAACUCCCCACCUAAAAACCCACUUCAACAACAAUCUUUUCCUCAUUUAAAUCAAAUCAAUUUUUAUUUUUUCACGCAAUACAUACUGAUCAGAUGAUGGACCUCCAAUUCGCCGGAAAGCCCAUACCCGCAGCCCGGUGCCUUCCGGGUCGGGCUGACCUGGACCAGAUGCCCGACACACCCACCCGCCGAGCCCAACACCGCCGGGCCCAGUCGGAGACCUUCUUCCGAUUCCCCGACAUCGACGACAUCUUCCUCGACGACGUCGUUGCUGAACUCAACCUUGACCUCACCCCUGCACCGCCGCCUCUCCUCUCCGGUGGACCUCCUCCGCCGCCCCAGCCCUCCAAAACCAACGAAACCAGACCCGGAGCUCAUUUAAGGAGCCUGUCCAUGGACGCCGACUUUUUUGAUGGGCUUAAAUUGGACGGUCAGCCGCCGCAGGCGGCGGCGGCGGCGGCGGCGGCCGGGGAAGUGGGUCCGGGGCAGAGGAGGCACAGGCAUAGCAAUUCGAUGGAUGGGUAUUCGAGUGGGACUUCGUCGGAGGUUGAUUCUAUGGCGAAGAAAGCCAUGGCUGCCGAUAGGCUCGCCGAGCUAGCCUUGAUUGACCCUAAAAGAGCAAAAAGGAUUCUUGCAAAUAGACAAUCUGCGGCACGAUCAAAAGAGCGAAAAAUCCAUUACACGAGCGAGCUGGAAAGGAAAGUUCAGAUACUGCAGACCGAAGCAACCACACUAUCUGCUCAGAUCACUUUGCUCCAGAGAGAUACAGGUGGAUUGACAGCUGAGAACAAGGAACUCAAACUAAAGUUGCAGGCUAUGGAGCAGCAAGCACACCUCCGAGAUGCUCUGAAUGAAGCACUGAGGAACGAACUGCAGAGGCUGAAGAUUGCAGCUGGCGAAAUUCCGAGUGCCAAAUUCCGAGUGCCGAUAACGGAAACAACAUAGGAUUAAUAUCUCACAAUUACUUUCGUAACCACCAGCCACAUCAGCAGUAAAUUCUUGGGAGGCCAACAACAACAACAACCCUAGAUUCAAUUGCGAGGAUUUCAAUCAGAUCUAUGGUUUCUUGACUUUUAAAAUCCUCGGUUUCUUCUCGAUAUUCGUAUUUUCUUGUAUACGAAAAAAACAAAUGCUCUUGUAUAUAUAUAAUUAUAUAUAUAUGUGUAUAUCAGCUCAAGUUUGUGA